AUGUCCAUUCGCCUGCUCAUUUCUAGCGAUUCCCUGCGCAACACGACGUUCUCAUGUGACAGUAUGGGUAUCCAUUACGACGUAUCAAAGGAAGGCGACAUCGUAUCUAUCUACCGCUGGGAAAGUAAAUCGAACCAGAAGGUCCUCGUCGGCCAAAUCCAGUUUCACUUGGUGUCCCUUAAUUUGAACGACAAAGUCCGCAUAGGAGAAAACGGAGAGUGGAAGAAGAGGAAAGACGUUUUGACUUUAGACGGAGGCAAUUUUAUGUCUAGAGCGCGAACGUUUGAGGGUAAUGAUGGUGUCAGAUAUAAAUGGAAGCUUCACUGGGAAUCACUCCAACUCUGCUAUGCGGACAAGGACGGACCUAAUCAAGGUCCUCUGCUUGUAUACCACCGAAACAUUUUACCCGGAAAGGAAUCAUACCUGGAAAUUCGUGAUACGUCGAUUCUACCCACACUCGACAACAUUAUUGUGACAUUUCUUAUAAUGGAGAAGAAGCGUAGAGAAUUCGACGAGACUGCAGCCGCGUGA